CAGUCUUUCAACUUAUGCUUCUUUCGAACACAGUCUUUCAACUUAUGUAUCUUUCGAACACAGUCCUUGAACUUUGCUUCUUUCGAACACGAGUUUGCCUCGAGUAGUUCAAGAAAUACAGGACCGUUAAUCUCACGCGUUCAUGAUAUAAUCUGUUCCCUCUGUGAUAUCAAUGACCCGCAACCAGAUUCAAAUUUCUUGUCCCUCACCGCCGAAACACUGGGCGGUCCUUGAUGGAUAAUACACCAGACGAGCGUUAUUCUUCCUUGCAUCUUCUCAGUCUUUUAAUGGACAACAUCUCAAUUUAUCUACGACGCAGGAUUACACUACUGACCACCCGAAACCUUCGAAGGUCUACUCAUCCUCAAUCACAUCAAAUAUCUCCACUUGCGCCUCCAGAUGUCGCUCCCUCCACUCAGCUGAUCCCCCCAACCCCUAUUCCAGACCUAACUAGCUCCAUCACCCGAUGCUCCGAAUACCCAGUUGCCGGCGGCGCAUAUGGAGAUAUUUACAAAUGCGUGUAUCACGGACCAGACGGUGAUGUGGAUGUCGCUGUCAAAGCAAUUCGAAUAUUCUUCGGUACCAAGGUGCUCCGGAGAGAGCUCGGCAUUUGGAAGAGGUUGCAACAUAAGAAUAUCUUGAAGUUCAUGGGCACUACUCAACACUUUGGCCCCUCUGUGGCUCUGGUUGCUCCAUGGAUAGUCAAUGGCACCCUGACGUCGUUCCUCAGCCGGAACAACAGGACCCUUACGCUGCGCGAUCGUUUGUUUCUGCUCCGUGACAUAGCCAAUGGCCUCAACUAUCUUCAUACAUUUAACUUCAAUAUAGACGGACACGCGUACUCGAAUGCAGUCGUUCACGGCGACCUAACUGGCAACAAUGUCCUCAUCGGUGGCGAUGGAACUGCAUACCUUGCAGAUUUUGGCCUUUCUGGAACCUUAAUGAAAUCGCUCGGGAUGACGUACCUCGCAAAAACGGGCUGUCAUCCAGGAGCUUUAAGGUGGACAGCUCCUGAACUUCUCGACGAAGAAUCAGCCUCUGCAGUUACCGCUCAGAGUGACAUGUAUUCGUUUGGCUGUAUCGUGCUUCAAGUUUUAACCGGGAAUAUUCCUUGGCCACACUUGACUGGUGAUUUCGCAAUCUGCCGUAAAGUGAGCUUUGAGGGGAAAAUGCAUCCUCGUCCAGACGGCGAUCGUAUCAUCGACCGGCAUUGGACUUUCAUGACCCGUUGCUGGUCAAAGAGUCCUGACGAUCGCCCUUCUGCUGAAGAAGCGCUUCACUUCGUUGAUAGCGAGCUCGCUUUGAAGGGCAGUACCCUGCCUUGAUUCCCAGCAAUACCUCUUUUCUUUUCUAGUUGGAUCCUUGUGGGCCCGGGGCCCUAUGCUGGACAAUACGUGAACCAAUCAAUGAUACAUGCGAUGCCGCGUACUGGAUGUUACUAUAAUAUGGAGUCGACACGAAUUGGUUCCACGGGAUCAAACGCCUGGUCCAUACAUUGGUAGAUACCACUUUAUUCUAUACCAAUUGUAUAAUAGAGGAAUUCAGAUGUUACG